UGAAAAUUAGCCCGUGAUGGGAAGGGAACACUGAAUCACUCCUCAGUACUGCGAAGUGGUAUUUCAGUUCUGUGCUUGGUUGUCUUUACACCGUCUUUAUACAAAUACAGCGGACAUCAUGGUUCUUGAUCUAGACCUUUUUCGGACGGACAAAGGCGGCGAUCCAGAAAUUGUGAGAGAGUCUCAACGGAAAAGGUUUAAAGAUGUGUCCUUGGUGGAUAAACUCGUUGAAGCAGAUAAGGAAUGGAGGAAGUGUCGCUUCAUUGCAGACAACCUCAACAAGGCAAAGAAUUUAUGCAGCAAAACUGUUGGUGAAAAAAUGAAGAAGAAGGAUCCAGUUGGAGAUGAUGAAACCCUCCCAGAGGAGGUCCAGAACCUGGAGACACUCACAGCAGACAUGUUAUCAACACUGACUGUGACGCAGAUUAAAAAGGUUCGAAUGUUGGUGGAUGAAGCAAUUCAAAAAACAGACAAUGAGAGGCUGAGCCUGGAGAUGCAGCGCUUUGAGUACCUGAGAGAGAUUGGCAACCUCCUACACCCUUCUGUUCCCAUUAGCAAUGAUGAGGAUGCUGAUAAUAAAGUUGAACGCACCUGGGGUGACUGCACAGGGCAGAAGAAGUACUCUCAUGUGGAUCUGGUUGUCAUGGUGGAUGGAUUUGAAGGAGAGAAAGGUGCCAUCAUUGCAGGAAGCAGGGGAUAUUUUUUGAAGGGUCCUCUAGUUUUCCUGGAGCAGGCUUUGAUUAACUAUGCCCUACGGAUUCUUCACAGCAAGAAUUACACUCCCCUGUAUACACCUUUCUUCAUGCGUAAAGAGGUCAUGCAAGAGGUUGCUCAACUCAGCCAGUUUGAUGAGGAACUGUAUAAGGUUAUUGGGAAAGGCAGUGAGCGUUCAGAUGAUACGUCCGUGGAUGAGAAGUAUUUGAUUGCCACUUCAGAACAACCCAUAGCAGCCUUCUUGAGAGAUGAGUGGCUUAAGCCUGAGGACCUGCCACUCCGCUUUGCUGGCAUUUCUACCUGCUUCAGACAGGAAGUGGGUUCCCAUGGCCGAGACACCCGUGGCAUCUUUAGGGUCCACCAGUUUGAGAAGAUUGAACAGUUUGUGUAUGCCUCACCUCAUGAAAACAAGUCAUGGGAGAUGUUAGAGGAGAUGAUCACAACGGCAGAAGAUUUCUACCAGUCCCUAGGAAUACCUUACCGCAUUGUUAACAUUGUCUCUGGUUCUUUGAACCAUGCAGCCAGUAAGAAGCUGGACUUAGAGGCUUGGUUCCCAGGCUCUCAGGCUUUUAGGGAGCUGGUGUCCUGCUCCAACUGCACGGACUAUCAAGCUCGCCGCUUGCGUAUACGCUAUGGCCAGACAAAGAAGAUGAUGGACAAGGCUGAGUUUGUGCACAUGCUUAAUGCAACCAUGUGUGCUACUACCCGUGUAAUAUGUGCUAUUCUGGAAAACUACCAAACUGCAGAGGGCAUAAUUAUUCCAGAGCCACUCAGGGAGUUCAUGCCUCCAGGCCUGACAGAAAUAAUCAAGUUUGUGAAGGCAGCUCCUAUUGACCAAGAGUUAUCAAAGAAGCAGAAGAAACAACAAGAUGGCGGGAAAAAAAAGAAGCAGCAACUAAAUGCCACUGACUUGCAGAACAAAGUAGAGAAUAUGUCAGUGAACGACUAUUAAGAAAUUCUGUCCUACAGCUAUUAAGUACUGGCCUCUUCUAUUUACCAUAAGUCUUAUAAUAUUUAGUUUAAUACCUAUUUUUCCCCAAGUCUUUUGGGUGGUUGUCAUGCACAUGCAAACCUAUCAAUAUUAGUAAGUUUCGACAGGAAACAUAGCUUCAUGUUCACUGGUUCCUGCUUUUCCUGUCAGCAAUUACAGUACAUGUACAGUACUUGCUUUAGACAUCUUCAGAGGGAUGUGAAUAUGGUAACACAAACAAAUAAAUGAAUGUGAAAUGA